GUUUGCAAGCUGAUUUCAGCAGUCAAGGCUCCCGCCGGGUCAAGCUCUCGCUCUCUCUGAUUCUCAACUAUUCUUCUCCUCCUCCUCCUCUUUUUUUUUUUUUGGCCAUCUGAUUCCCUACUCUUCUGAACUCUCGUUCUCCCCUCUUCCAUCAUUUCUCUUCGAACACCCACAAUUUCCGAACCCAAACUAAACUUGGAUACAACAAUGAGAACUUGGCGGCUGCGGUGGGUGACUCAGAGUUGACGGAAAAGAGGGAAUCUUUGAGUUGAACGACUUGGAAGAUCAAGCAACAUCGCCUUCGGCUGAGACUUGACGGACGUGACAGAAGCGACCGAGGAGAUACUUCGGAUCCAUGGCCCGCUGGAAUGGAAUUUUGAGGAUUCCAUUAUAUCCCAACCCCAGGGCUUUCUAUAGAGUUGGUGCAUCUAUCUGUCUUUCGCCUGAAUCCAAAACAUUGAGGGUACCAUCAGCAAAUGCAGUCUUUUUCUGUGGUGAUCGAGUUGAAGGGACUGGUAAUCCAGUGAUUGAGAAACUAUCAGAUGUGCAGAAAAUUUCUGAAGUGCUGGUGUCAAAAUUUGGUCAUUCCAUUAAUGCUUGGGUUAUUGAGGCUUCUGUUUUUAAUGGGCCUUUUGCUGUCUACGAUGAGUUCAUACCUUCUGUGAAUCAAUAUGGAGAGCCAAAGUUAUACAGUCCAGUUGGAUUCCCAGCAUCAACAUCAACUGUCUCACUCUUAUCAAAUGCCCUUGAAGAAGUAAAAAAGGCGGUAUUCAGGCGCCAGAUAGAUUCACACACACACUCGCAGUGUGAAGCUUCAUCCUGUGUUGUUUAUCCCAGGACAAUAAUCCUUGGAUUCAGUAAAGGUGGGACUGUAGUUAAUCAGUUAGUCACAGAGCUUGGCUCAUCCGAUGUUGGAGCCACUGAAAAAUCACCCCAUGUGCUAGGACAGCCAAUUGACAGAAAGUUUUGUGCAUCUGAUGAGUCUUAUAUAGUACCAAAAACAAAGGAAACCUUUCUGAAUAGCAUAGCUGAGAUUCAUUAUGUUGAUGUCGGUUUGAACUCCACUGGUGCAUACUUAACCAACAGUGAUGUGAUUGAGGGAGUCUCCAAAAGGCUCAUGCAAGGUGCUCUUGGAGUUCGAUUUUUGCUUCACGGAACUCCCCGACAAUGGUCUGACAAGCGCCGCGCUUGGAUACGUCAGGAAAAGGACACGUUACUCCAUCUCCUUGAGUCUGAAGCUCACAAGAGUAGGGGCAAAUUACAAGUAUGUGAGAAGUAUUAUUUUGCUGAUAGGCCUGCAGAUUUGCAAAUGCACUUUGAAAUAAUUGAAAGAUUGGAUAUAAAUUCAUAGGUUAACGCGAUCCUGAUUUACUUGUAGCCAUGUUUCUAAGUUGCAACUUGCAACUGUACUGUAGAACUUCGGUGGAAUGUUACAAAAUUGUCAAGUUAAUGUGAAUUUUAUCUUGCCUGGUCUUGGUUAGAAGCUGAUUUUAUUUUCAAA